AUGGCUUCGAAGAAUGUUGUUGAAAAAGAAGUCGAACGUGGGCAAAGAUUUUCCGAUAUUGAAGAAGAUCCACGAAGGCUGUUAACGAGAAUAUCUGGCUAUGAAAAGAAACCUAUUGUUGCUUUAGAAAAAGCUGUUGAACCUCUCGGGCACGUGGAACAUGAAAUUCUUUUACCACCUGCUCGACGCUUUGAAGUUGUUGCAGUUGUCCCACAAGGUCCCGAAUUGACAUUAAUACAGUUAGAAGAAAUCGAAUCACCUGUCCAACUUAUCGACCUUGGACCACAAAAUAUUGUUUCACCAACUGCAACAGGUAAAGGUUCAAGUACCGCAGCAGCAUCAUUAGGGCCAUGA